AAAUUGUAAUAAACCUUCUCUCUGUUUUAUCAACUGCUUGCUCUCAAUCUUUAAGCCCUAAUUACUCUUUCCCCAUUCUUGUCAGCCUCCAUCCGCCCUUCACUCUCCCUUGCCGGUUCGAUCAAAAAUGCCGGCAGUCGAAAGCUUGUUAAGUCCAUCCGCAUCCAAACUAUUUACUUCCAAAUCCUUGCUCAAUCCUUCCAUUUCCAGUUCCUCGAUCUUCUCGCCCGCUCCGCGAUUCCGCAGAUUACCUUCUUCUUCUUCGUCGUCGUCGCUGUCGAUCAGAUGUUCAGCCACUCAGCAAAUGGAGGCUGUGGUUGAUUCUGUUACUCCAGGGCAGUUCCGAGUCGAUGUUCUCUCAGAAUCACUGCCAUUCAUCCAGAAAUUUCGAGGUAAAACGAUCGUUGUCAAGUACGGAGGUGCCGCCAUGAAAUCGCGGUCGCUUCAAGCUUCGGUUGUUAACGACCUUGUUCUUCUCUCCUGCGUCGGCCUUCGCCCGAUCUUAGUCCAUGGCGGUGGGCCGGAAAUCAAUAACUGGCUCAAACGCCUCAACAUUGAGGUCGUUUUCCGCGACGGUCUUCGAGUGACCGAUGCCGAGACAAUGAAAAUAGUAUCGAUGGUAUUGGUCGGCGACGUUAACAAGAAUCUAGUUUCAUUGAUCAAUAAGGCGGGAGCAUCAGCCGCAGGGCUCUGUGGUGUGGACGGCCGGCUACUCAUGGCUCGGCCAGCUCCUAACGCGGCACAGUUAGGGUUCGUAGGCGAGGUCGCACGUGUGGACCCUACGGUUCUACAGGCACUUCUGGACAAAGGCCACAUUCCGGUGGUCUCAUCGGUGGCUGCCGAUGAGUCAGGGCAGAUGUACAACAUCAACGCGGACACAGUCGCUGGAGAAUUAGCGGCGGCGCUAGGGGCAGAGAAGCUGAUCUUACUAACGGAUGUGGCGGGGAUUCUGGAAGAUCGUGAUGAUCCGAAAAGCUUAGUGAAACAGAUAGACAUUAAAGGAGUGAAGAAGAUGAUGGACGAGGGAAGAAUCGGCGGAGGGAUGAUUCCGAAGGUGAAUUGUUGUGUCCGAUCUUUAGCUCAGGGAGUGAGGACGGCGAGUAUCAUCGACGGAAGGCUGGAGCAUUCGUUGCUGCUAGAAAUCAUGACAGACAAUGGAGCUGGAACCAUGAUUAUUGGCUAAGGUUAGAAAUCUUUUGAAGCUUUGAAGUCGUUCAAUUUUCUUGGAAGUGUAUAAAUUUAUAAAUAGCGAAAUAUGACUGAUAAUCUAUUCUGGGAAAACAGAUUUGGAUGAAUUUGUAUGAGUAAAUUGGAUAAAAUUCGCUAGAGCCUGAUGAAAUCUGAAUGUGUCCAUUAAUAAAACUAUGAUUAAAUUUUCAUUC